AUGUCCCGUAAAGGAGGAGGAGGAGGUGGUUCUUCACUGCCAAAGGACGUGCCUUGGAGGGCCUCAAACACCAAACCCAUACCCAAAAUUCACCAUUCCCCUGUUCUCCGAAUAACCCAGAACCCUACUUCCAAUUAUGCCAUCUCUGUCAUGAAGCACCCGAACCCGGUAGGAAGUGGGUUAGCAAUGGAAGCCAUAGUGGAAGCAGCAGGCCCUGAGUGCAUUGUCCCGGGACAAGUUACACCUAUCAAGUUACUUGGUGUCAAGGUAUGGCCUAUUGAAGUUAACUUGAAAUUUUUGGAACCAGUUGGACGAGAGCUCAAGCAGCUUGGAAAGAUCGCUAGUGCAUGCAUUCCUGUUAUGAAGAGGACAAGUACUUGCAGUCAGCAGAAGCCGGUUCAGGAAGAAUGA